CAUCAUUUGCCUCUCUUGCUGUUGCUACCAGGCAGGCUACACAUUCCUUUUUAGAGUCCACCUCGAUCAAAGCCCACACGCAUCCCUCACCCAUCUCUGCCCAUAUCCUCAUCUCGUCAAUCUCUGACAGAUCCAAGAUCGCACCUCUCGUGGUUCUCCAGUUGUCACAUCACAUUCCCAACACAAGAUGAAGCCCUCAGUUCUUAUUGUCCCCGGCGCUUGGCAGCUGCCUUCGGCCUUCCAGCCCUUCGCUACCGAAUUGGCCGGCUCCGACUUCAACGCCUCCAUCGUGGCUCUCCCCACCGUCGGUGGUACCACCACGCCCCUGGCGACCCUCUCCGAUGAUGUUGCCGCCGUGCGUACCGAGCUGGAUAAGCUUGUUGCCGAUGGUAAGGAUAUUGUCAUCUACUCCCACUCCUACGGUGGUGUUGUUGCCAGCAACGCUGUGGAGGGCUACGACAUUGCCACUCGCUCCGCUGCUGGUGCUUCUGGCGGUGUUGUAAGCAUCGUCUACGCCAGUGCCUUCGUGCUUCCCAAGGGCUCCAGCUUGCUCGACCUUCUCGGAGGCGAGCCUCUCCCUUGGAUGAUUGUCGAGGGGGACCGUGUUGUCGGCAACGCCACUCUGCUCCCCGAGGUUGGCUUCAACGACCUUCCCGCCUCUGAGCAAGAGAAGUGGGCGUCCGAGAUGACCUGGACCGCUCUCGGCGCCUUCACCAACGCCUCCGGCUAUGAGCCCUGGAGCAACGGCAUCGACUGCGCCUACCUCUAUGCCACUCUUGACAACGCCCUGCCUCUCAGCUACCAGCAGGGCAUGUCCGCCGUCCUGCCCGCCGGCUCCAAGACGGAGACCGAGCCUAGCGGUCACUGUGCUCACCUUAGCCGGCCGGCAAAUGUGACUUCUAUCCUCAGCAGAUGGUACCCGGGCAACUAAGCUAAGUGCCGCGGCGCGUCGAGGUGUGAAACGGAGAGUUUUUUUGGGUUUCGUGAUAGCGGCGUGGCGGCGUGCGGAAAGCGCAGAUCUAAAUGAGCCAAGUAAUACGAAUAAUACCUCCAAAGAAUUGAU